CUUUAUUAUCCCAACAUUCUCGACUUCUUGCAAUUCUAACAGAGCAUUGGAACAAUUUAGAACGUUGUUUACAAGGGCAAAUCUCGUCAAAAAUGGUCACAUACGCCUGGAAGCGGCUCAUCAGGUUCGAGUCCACCGACGGACGCACGCUGAGGGGCGAGCCGAUCGUACCAUCGGACGACUUUGACAUUGGUACUGUCACGGAGAAAGAUGGUUUGAAGGCCAAAGUCAUCAUUGGCGACGACAUUUUCGACACGACAGGCAAGACUUUUGUCACAAAUGAGGUCGUCGAUGUCAAGAGGGUACUCGGACCGGUGGCGGCAUCAGAGGUACCAAUCCUGAGAUGCGUGGGUUUGAAUUAUGCCAAGCACAUCAAGGAAGCCGGGAGACAGCCACCACCAUUUCCCUUCAUCUUCUUCAAGCCAAAUACGACCGUCAUCGACCACGAGGCGUCGAUAGUGAUACCUAAGAUCGCCCAGGACGAUCAGGCAGAUUAUGAGGGUGAACUGUGCAUCGUCAUUGGCAAAGACGCCAAGGAUGUAUCAGUGGACGAAGCACUCGAGUAUGUCGGAGGAUACACCGCUGGCAACGACGUCUCUUCACGAAAACUCCAGCGUAACGUCGAACUUGCUGGUCGAGUCCCUCAAUGGGGAUUCUCCAAGGGAUUCGACACCUUUGCACCUUUGGGACCAGUACUUGUCUCGCCAGAAAUCAUCCCAGACCCGACAAAGCUGCAUCUCAAGACUAUCGUGGACGGUGAAGUCAGACAGGACGAGGGUGUUUCCGACUUACUGUUCGAUUGUAAAUACAUCAUCUCCUACUUGAGUCAGGGAACAACUUUGCAGAAGGGAAGCGUCAUCAUGACGGGAACGCCUGGAGGUGUUGGCUCUGGUUUCAACCCAACGAAAUACUUGAAGCCAGGUCAGGUUGUGGACGUGAAUAUCUCCAAGAUUGGGACGCUACGAAACCCGGUUAUCUAUGCUUAGAGGAUUCCGAUCUCAGAAAAUCCGCUGGUGUUUGUAUAUACCGGUUGGAUAGUGCGUAAAACUGCAUCGAGAAGAACUUUUGUCAAGACAUUACGAUAGAGAAUCCAGUCCAGUAAAAUGUUCUUUGGAUAAUGUCAUACCUAUUGCCCU